AUGCCAAGCACCAUCCGCCGGCAGAUGAAAAACGUGGUCAACAACUACUCUGACGCCGAGAAGAAAGUCAGAGAGGCCACCUCCAACGACCCCUGGGGACCGUCGUCUUCGCUCAUGUCCGAGAUCGCCGACCUCACCUACAACGUGGUGGCCUUCAGCGAGAUUAUGAACAUGAUUUGGAAGCGGCUCAACGACCACGGGAAGAACUGGCGCCACGUCUACAAAGCCCUCACGCUGCUCGACUACCUGAUCAAGACGGGCUCAGAGAGGGUGGCGCUGCAGUGCAAGGAGAACAUCUUCGCCAUUCAGACCCUGAAAGACUUCCAGUACAUCGACAAAGACGGCAAAGAUCAGGGCAUCAACGUGAGGGAGAAGAGCAAGCAGCUGGUGGUCCUACUCAAAGACGAGGAACGACUUAAAGGGGAGAGGUCUCAGGCUUUGAAGACUAAGGAGCGUAUGGCCCAGGUGUCCACAGGGGGCACUCAUAUGGGUUUUGGCCGAGGCUCAUCCCAGCCCAACCUCUCCACAUCCUACAGCGAAGAAUAUGGCAGAUCAGAGGGCUCUCCUGCCUCCUACCAUGGCUCUACAUCUCCUAAUGCUGGAUCAGAGUUGGAGCAGGCUAGACCUCAGACCAGUGGAGAAGAGGAACUACAGCUACAACUUGCCUUGGCCAUGAGCAGAGAAGCUGCAGAGCAGGAGGAGCGCCUACGUAGAGGUGAUGACCUUAGACUACAGAUGGCCUUGGAGGAGAGUAAGAAAGAAGGUCCAGGAUCAGCAAAGCUGCCCAAGAAGAAGAAGGAGCCGCAGUCCUCUUUGAUGGAUCUAAUGGAUGUCCCUGAGCCAGGUGCCAAGGCUGACCCUUGGGGGAUGGGGGGUGGAGCUGGAGCUGGAGCUGCAUCAGCAGACCCGUGGCAGCCUUAUGGAUCUGCUCCCAGACCAUCAGUGCCAGCAGACCCAUGGGCUGCUCCUUCCUCAUCUCUGCCCGCCGUGAAGGCCAGCGACCCCUGGGCAAACUCCAGUCCUGCAUCGGACCCCUGGGGUUCUGGAAGUGGCCGCCCUAAAACCUCCAACACAGGUAACUUUGACCUGUUCAGUACAUCCAAUGGUACAUCCAAGGAAGACUUCUCAGAGUUUGACAGCCUGCGCUCUUCCUCCUCUGUCCCCACUGUCGACGGCGCCAUAACGUCCUCCCUUCCCUCCCAAGUCAGUCUGGCCAGUAGUGGCAGCCUGGACCUCUUUGACCCCCUCCCCACCUCUACUUCAAUGUCUUCAAACCCAACUAGGAAGACUCCAGAGUCCUUCCUGGGGCCCAACGCUGCACUGGUUAAUCUAGACUCUCUAGUGACCAAACCAGCUCAGCCGGCACCAGUCGUCAACCCAUUCUUGGCUGCCACAGGCGGCUCUGCUCCAGCUCCCACAGCUAACCCAUUCCAAGUGGGCCAGCCAGUUCCUCCUACCCUCAACCAGAUGCGCGUCAGCCCCAUGCCCUCUGGCUUCGGUAGCAUUGUGGAGCCGCUGCCCCUGUCCACCAUGCCCACCCAGCCUACCAUGGUCCCCCUGGCAGGGAUGGCCCCAAUAGGCCAUGGAAUACCUGGAUUGGGAGCGUCUGGGGUCGGUGGGAGCACAGGCAUCCCACCCACAAUGUCAAUCCCUCAACCACUGAUGAGCAUGCCCCCCCAGGCUGGGACGCAACCUGCUGGAACCACCAACCCCUUCCUAUUGUGAAAGGAUGACUCCGGAGAAAGUAUCGACUUCUUCUUUGCUCCUUAAGAAGCUUCAACAUGAACAAGGAGAUAUCUUAUCCCAUGUAUCCAUUUAUAAGUCACUCCCAGCCAGCUCCCUACUAAAUCACCUCCCUUCCUGACUCCUUUCUGCUCUCCUCCUCCUGUUCCUCAGCUACAAGCUGCCUCGUCUUGUGUGUGCCAGUCUGAUCCCUAUAUGAUGCUGGUGACCACAGAGAUUUUGCACCCAUGGACUUCAGAUUUUACACAGAGGUGGGACUGGAGCCAGAUUUUCCAUCCAUUCUUCCUCUUAUUCAGCUGCCUCCUCACUCUUUGAACCCCCCCUCUCUUUUGUGAUGGGGUGACAGGAAAGUCAGCCUGUACUAAUUCCCGGUUCUUAUCUCCUCUCUAGAACUAAUCUUUUAUAAGCCCUAUCAGCUGUAGUGUGUCUGUGUGAGUGGGUGGGUAGGUGGGUGGGUGCACAUCUCAGUGCUUUUACACUGUGUAUAUUCCAGUGAGUUUUACUCCAACACGCUGGAUUAAGGAUGCGAGAUGUGUUUAUACUCCCCGUGUGUAUGCUGUGUGUUACAAAGCAGGAAUUUUGCACAAUUUUUGCUUUUUUAUUUUUCAGUUUAGUUUUUCUCUCAGCGACUGUUGGACUCACCGUUACACCUUAGCUCACAGAAGUCUGAUUACAGGCACACUUGUACACUGCCUCGGCUCUCGGUACUACUCAGUCCCAACCCUUCACCUUGGACCUUUAGUCUGACCUUCCACAUGAACUUUGGCCCCUGAGAGGUCACAGACAUGAAACAUGAACUCUCCCUGCGAGGAAAUUAAAUGUUCUUUCUGGUCAUAAAAGACUGCAGAAAAGCAUGACAAGAUGUUUUUUUUUUUUUUUAUGUAUGUAUGUAUGUGCUCAUAUGCAGGCGUGCUGUUAUCGCUUAGAUACUAACAGCCACAUGUUGAAGCCUUUUCCACUGCGGCUCCACCCCGGUCAGCGUUUUUAGAAGAGAGGAUGAAAAGAGUCAGUAUUUUCUGAAUGAAACAAGUUGAUGCUUUGCUUUUUGGAGCAAUCGCUUUUUCUUUUGAGGUUUCUAGGGUCAAAGGGAAGAGGGAGUUUGUGUAAGUGUGCAUUUAGCUUCCAAGUGUACUUAACCAGGUAAGUUUAUUUUCUUCUUUUUCUUGCCCCCCUCCAACCCAAAAUAAAACAAAGGGCGGUUUAGUUAUCCCAUUAGCCUUAAGUUGGUUUGUGUCGAAAAGGUCUGAGCUUUGUGGAGAUCCUUUAGCUCAGCUGGAUUUUCUGUGGUUAAUCUCCCCCUUAGAGCGUCUGCCUGACACACGCAGACUCCAACAGGACUAUUGAUAGCACAGGGGAAUCCCACAGCAAACAGCAACGUAAACAAUCUGCGGUUUCUUCUGUCGUCCUUUUAUUUGUUAUUUACUGGCUAGAAAAAGCUGUGCAUCAUCUUGAUUCUGUAAUUUCUCUUUUUUUUUUCUUGUUUUGUUUUUUUUGUUCACCCUAUGGGUAGGUCAUGUUACUCUCUUCUCUUAGAAGCACAACUGUUACCGAAGUCAUAGCGACUGUAUUUUUUUUUAUUUUUAGUGGAUGAAUUUGGAAAAGUUAGGUCACACUUAAUUAGCGUUACUUAUUUUUUUUUAUUUUUUAUUUUUUUUGCUGUUUAUUAAAACUCCAGAUUUAAGAGGUUCUAUGAUGAGAUGUUUAUUUUUAACUCUGCUCUAAUUGACAGCUAGUCAAAUGUUUUGUUUAAUUAAAGUGUUACUUUUUGGGGGAUUAACAUUAGAUUUCCAGAAAGCAAGUAAAGCAUCCCUGUUUCUUCUGCUGGUUAUGAAAAGUGGGUUGAUGAGUUAUUGCUUAAAAUAAAAUGCACAUCUUUUUUAGAUUCUUCCCCCCCUUUUUUUUUUUUUUUUUUUUUUUUUUGUUAAAGGGACAGUUUAUGUUUGUGGAUCUGUGAAGUUUCUACUAGUAAUAGUUUCCCUUAUGCAGUAGAUUUGUAGAAAACAGAAGAAAGCCUUAUGGCUCGUAAAAUGAGACCCACUCCCCAAUUUAACUGAUUUUAGCCAUUAAAAUGAAAUGAUAUUCAUAUCAAUAUAACAGCCACAGCGAUGCAUGGCGUAUCUGUGCUAAAGUUGAGCUCAUGGGUUUGCUCUAAUCAUUUCUCAAAUAGCUGUGAGACCAGAAAAUAAAAAAACAAAAAAACACAGGACUGAAACAUCAUCAUUAGCUUUGCACACAAAAAAAUGACUUAGACAUUUCCUCCAUUCCUUCCUGAUGAGUACACUGACUGGAUCUUUACUUCCCUGUAGAAACGCCAUGAUGGCUGAAAAACUGACCGUUGAACGUCAGCAGGUUUGAUUUGAGGGUUUUUCCAAGUAUGGAUCAUAAUGGGUAAAGAAAAUAUCAUUUGGAAAAAAGAGUUUCACAACAGUUUUUGAUCCCUAAAUGAUAAAAUAGGAUUAUUUUUUUUAAAUAUAAAUGAUUUUUUUUUACUUCUGUCACUGGUUGGAUUCACAUUUCUGAUUUUUUUUUUUCUGGAAUUUGUACUAAGAAAAGUGAAUAAUGAAUGACAAGCUUUGCUAGAAAGAACAUGUUUUUUGGUGGAUAAUCCAGGCUAGAUUGGAUAUGUUAAAUUGUGAUACUUCUUUAAAAUUUUGAUAUAAAGGGCAAAAAUUAGAGAAACUGCCUUUAAACCCACCUACAGACAAAUGCCAUAGAGUUGUGCCAUUAUACAUCUAAUUUGUGGCAAAUUUUUUUUCCACCCAUCAGUCCAGAACUGUCAUAGAAUACAGAAAUCAGUCUAGAAAAGUGUGGAAAGUGACUAAAAUCAGUUUUAAUGCGAGUCUCCUCUGACCAGCUGUUAUCUUAGUUCUGCAUCUUUCUACUUGGGGAUCUUUUACUGUUAACUUCACAGAAUUCACUUCAGAAUGUCUAAACUGUCCCUUUGAGUUUUUUUUUUUGUUGUUUUGUUUAUAUCCCGUUCAGUUUGUUGUUUGGUCGCCUCCUUGUGGUGUGACGUGCUAUGUUGGCUUCACUGCAGAACCUAGGAUGUUUCCACUGAAUGCAGACAUCCCAUUUCUCUCAGGCAAAAAGGAGAAGCUGCUCCAAGUGUUUAUGAUACGGGAAAUGGCAAUUAAGGUUUUUUUUAUGCUCAAAUGAAAGGAUGUGAAACGUACUUCCAAACCAGCAAAAACGUUUAAUCUCUAUAUAAAACAUUGAGUAAGAAAUGAAAAGGUCACUAAUAUAGUCUUUAGGAAAUACUAAUAACCAGUUCCUGCAUUCUCAGAAUUGUAGAAAAUCAAAAUGUGGUGAAAACAAGGAGGGAAAGGCUUUUCCUUAUUAAAUGAACAAGGUAAAGCAUAUAGUUGGUCACCUUUUUUAUUCUCUGGCAGCAGAUUUCCUCCUUAAAGUGAAAAAGUAUCCUGUACUGCGAGCGCCUCUUUCAUCUACUAAAUCAGCUUUUUUUUUUUUUUUUUUCAGAGGACUAACUGACUUGGCUGUCUGGGCUUUAUAUGCAUAAACUGACCCUUUUUAUUCAUGUCUGACUAGUUGCCCUUCUCCAAGUACUGGGAACAGACUGCUUGUUUUUUUUUUCUGGAUUUGUGCUCUACCCGUUGGCAUUAUAACUGUAUAAUAUAAUUUAUCAUUUGUACUAUUGUAACAUACUGUUCUUCUGUAUACCUUAUUAUUCUGUGUAAUGGGUUUUUGUAGGAAAAAAAAGACUUGGUAUUUUAACGGCCUCUAAACAAGCAAAAGCAGCUGGUCGCACCCUGUUGGAUGAGGACAACUGUAGUUGCAUUGGUUCAAAAAUAAAAUGUAUUUCACUUCAUCUCUGUAUCUUUUGUUGUUGAUUUUGA